ACUCGAAUUUUCUACAUUCGGUCAUGGCACGCCCAAAUGAAAUAAGUCAGCAAAGCUAAUUAAAGGAACGUGUAAGAGUUCAACUUGACAGGCCGUUGGAUUAACUAACUCAAUAUGGUUGGCAGAAGAUUCCGUAUCUUGUUAGAACUGUGUUUUGUACUUUUGCUUUCUAUGGAAUUCAUGCUAGCUUCAGGAAAGUGCCCACCUGAAUUUUCAAAUCUGUGCAAAUGUGGAUAUGUGCCCUAUGGUCCCGGGAAGAAACCCAAAUAUGUGACAAAUUGCACGAAUACGGGUUUUGAGAAUGCAUUCAUGUUGCGGAAGUUACCGGAAGAAACUGAAGUAUUGAUAUUUGUGGGAAAUGAGGUCAAAGAUCUUCCAUUAAAUAUAUUUGGCCAAGAAGUCGUUUAUGAAAAUCUCCAUACGAUUGAUUUGUCUAAUAAUCAUAUACAAUCCAUCAAAGGUCGGACAUUUCACAACGUUGCGAAUGUGACAAAAUUAAUUUUGAACGAUAAUGACUUGUAUAUUGUUUCCAAGGACCAUCAUCCUCGAAUGUUUAGUAAUUUUGUCAAUUUGAGAGAACUUCAUCUAAAAAAUGCUUUUACCGAGAAAGUAAAAGCUAGUGAUUAUUUGAACAAUUUAGCUCAAAUUUUCGGUAAUAGCAGUCUGAAUAAUCUUCAAAUUCUUAAUUUGGAGAACAAUGAAAUUACCCAAGUUUCUUAUAGAGAAUUUUGCUCGCUUCCAGCCCUGGAGAGGCUCUACUUAGGCAAUAAUCGUUUAAGAGAUAUCAAUUUGAACUACAAGUGUCUAAAGUAUUUGAAGGAACUUGAUGUUGGGAAUAAUCUUAUUCAAUAUCUUAGUGACAGUGCGUUGAAGAACUUAGGAACGAUCAAGCAUUUAAAACUUAAUUUGUCCUCCAAUCCUUUUAAGUGUGACUGCAACUUUGUGUCUACUUACGAAUGGAUUUUCAAUACCACUUUCACGCUGGGAAAUAAAGAUCUUCUUUAUUGCUGGGAUGGAUCUCCCGCUUUGAUUGGUAAACUUUUAUCUAAUGUGCAGUCAUCAGAACUACAAUGCCCUGAGAGUCAUAGUCACUCUCCAGCUUCCUUUAUUAUUUUAACUAUAGGAUUUAUAUGUUUAAUUAUUUUAUUAACUGUGCUUAUACACAAGAACAAACUCAUUAUUGGCUUGUAUCUUCGUCGAAUUCUCCAGCCUCUUCGCAGCAAAUUCCAUUAUGUGUCUUUGGAUAGGAGAGAUCCCUCAAUGGAAGUGUAGAUGAAACUACUGCAUUUUGAAAAUAAGUGCUUUUAAUCUGUAUUUUCGUGUUAAAUAUUUAGUGCUUUUGCCAAUUUCAGUCUUUGGAUAGGAGAGAUCCCUCAAUGGAAGUAGAGCUGAAACUACUGCAUUUUGAAAAAAAGUGCUUUUAAUCUGUGUAAUUUCGUGAUAAAUAUUUAGUGCUUUUGCCAAUUUCAAUCUUUGGAUAGGAGAGAUCCCUCAACGGAAGUAGAGCUGAAACUACUGCAUUUUGAAAAUAAGUGCUUUUAAUCUGUGUAAUUUCGUGAUAAAUAUUUAGUGCUUUUGCCAAUUUCAAUCUUUGGAUAGGAGAGAUCCCUCAACGGAAGUAGAGCUGAAACUACUGCAUUUUGAAAAUAAGUGCUUUUUAAUCUGUGUAAUUUCGUGAUAAAUAUUUAGUGCUUUUGCCAAUUUCGGAAAAAAGUUUAAUGAAUGUUUCAGUGUUUCUAAAAUAAAGGUAAGUGCAUUAAUUAUGUGAAUUCUAAGGAGAAGAUAUUAAGCACUUGUGUUGAAAUAGUUUUAAGUGCCUUAUGUGAAGAUAUUCUUAGCUUCAAUAUGAAGCUUUUGACUUCCAUCUUUGGUGUGGCUAUUCCUGACUAAUAAGCCCAAAACAAGGGUGAAGCUGCAGUCUCCGGGUGCUGUUACGUGCUGUUCGGUAUUUGCUUGCAAUUCUGCCUUAGCUCCGGCUAUGAGGCAGUUACUUGUAGUGUUAUGCUUGUGCUUAAUUUGAUUUUAAUGACAGAUACUACUAUUAAUGCUUGUUUUUGCUUUGUUUUUUAAUGUUUAAUUAUCUUAUUCUAUAAGACAAGUCUCUUGUUUAAUCAAACAGAAAGAAACUAUAUUCCAUAAAAAAAAGCAGUUACUUUUUGGUUUAAUUUAAUUUUUUACUUAGACAAUGAAAUGUAAGAAAAUCAGUAGUUUCGAUGAACAAUGUUACAAAAAUAGUGAUGCUAAGUGAGGAGAGGGUUUAUGGCUCUUUUACUUCAAAAAUGAUUAAAUAAAUACAUUUAAAAAUUCUUACAUUGCAUUUUUAAAUUCAGUUUGAAUGAAUGUUCAGUGUUCUUUCUUUUUAAUAUUUUUCGCCUAAACAAUUGAAGGCCUUGAGCAAGAAGGGAACAAGUUCAAUUUUUAAAACCUUCAGAAAUUAAAUAAAACUUUAAAAAAAUAAAUUUUAAAGAUUUUAUCUCUCUUGUUGGAAUUAUUUGUCUGACAUUGGUAGAAUUUACAUCUAUGGACUCAAUAACAGUAAUAUUUUAGUAGUAUAUAAUGUUACCAAUGUGUAAUUAAUUAUUUGUUACGUAUUUGGAACUGUCCCAUUCUUGCUACAAAUAUAUGUAAUCCGAAAACAUUUUCGUAUUUUUAAUCAUAACUCAAAAAUUUUGGUUAUUCAUAUAAAAGAACAAUACCAGUCUUGUGAUAAAUAACACUUUAGUUUCGUAGUUUAGUUUCAAAAUAAUUCAGCACUCCCCUGUUUAUAGCUAAGCUGUAUCUAGCAAGUUUAUACCUGUGACGCAAUGACUUCAACUCCCUUCUCGAUUAACGGUUAUUAUUAUAUUAUUUAACUUUCAAUAUCGACAUUACGACUAUAACGAAAUUUUAAUAUAGCCUGUUAGACUCUGUUAUAAACAGGCGCGACUGUACAAAAAAUUAGUAAUGUUUUCUUUAUUUCUCCUGACGUAUCCUGUUACAGCCUCUUUCCUUUAAUAUGUUUUGGAAUAUAGAUUGGAGUCAUCUCAUUCUUCUACGAAAUGAAAGAGAAUAUUUUUCUUUAUAUAUUUUAAAGUAAGGCACACAAUUUUUGUCGAAAAUGAAGCUACCCCCUUCUUGCAUCAAAGGUCUUCAAUUUCCUGCAACGUAUGACCCCCCGCCCCCCUUCGUGAAAAUGUGAAAUAAAAUUGUACUUGAUUGAGGAAGAACGGUUGAAUAGUUUCACAAUCAUAAGCAUCCAUAGCAAAAUAGUAAAUUUUCUAGUUAGGGGGACAACAAUCUUAACUUCCUAAAUGAUGUCACCAUUUUUGACCCCCCCCCUUUCCCUCUUUAUGAAAGUGUCACAAUUCUCCUGCCCCCCUCCCCCUCUUCUUACAUGUUACACUAAUUCUCAAAAAAGAAAAAAUAAAUAAAUAAAUAAAUAAAAAUAAAAAAAUAAAUAAAUAAAUAAAUAAAAUGGCGACUAAGAAAAAGUGUGGCGACUAAUAAAUUUGUGACUUCUCGCUACCAGCGACUAUAAAAUGUUAUAUAAAAUGCUGUAAAAUGAAUUAUUUAAAAAAAAAAAGGGCAAUGAAAUCGAAACGGUGCAAAAUAUAUUUCUUGGACAAUAAACAGGGAUUCAUUAUGGUUGUUUUUGAAAACCUGGACACGGAUUUGAAGGAGAUUGUAUUGUUCAUUAAUUUGCCUGUCUAUAAAACCUUUUUCAUUAUAAAAUUAAAAAUACCUAUUCCGUAGCUGCUAAUUUUCGUUUACUUAUACUAAUAAGUAUAAGUAAAAGAUGGACUUGUAGUUAUCUAUGAAAUUAGUUUCUAUCAAAAAAAAAAAGUAAA